ACGCUCUUUUAAGCACUUUUGUUUUCCGCGAUUGGACGGAAAGUUUGGACGGAACUGCACAUUGGCAUCGUUUCGUCUGCAAUUUAAUGAAAGCUUAAUUUCUAGAAUGAGAGAUGUUUGGGGAUCAAACGUGUCUGGUGAUAAUGCCCUCUGACUGCUCCAAGGUUCUGUGGCAAAACCGUCCCUACAGGACUCAGUGGCACUCUCCACCAUCACAUCAGAGAUCUUUGGGCUGACCCUGACCCUGAAAACCGGUUCCAGGACUGAGCAGUGGUGAGGUGCAUAAGCAAAGUGUCCGCCACUUCACUAUCCUUCUUUGGGCAAGUAAGAAGUAGACAAAGUGCACUCAAAGCUCCUUCGGGGAAGGGAAGUAACCCUCGAUUUCCGUGAGACUUCUGCUGUUCAGCUGUUUGUUGUAUUUAAGCCACUCCUUGCAGCAGAGUGUUUCUUCCUCCGAGCCGGCAACCAAUUAGUGGACAAGGAAAGGUUGAAAGACGGCUUAGUCCUUAGGAAAGAGAUUUCUUGUGAGACAGGGAGAAAGAGCCGGUACAUUUUAUUCCUUUCUGGAAAACGAAACAAAGGGGGGGGGACUUCUCGGCUUGGCGCCUGUUUUUCCCAGACCGUGCAUUGAUCCCAUCAGAGCAGCCGGUGUCCCCUGGGCUUGCUCGGCACACCCUCCUACUGCAGCAGCAGCAGCAGCAGCAGCAGCAAAAGAAAAGCAGUCAGCCUGUUCCCCUAUUGGCGCACAUCGCACAGCAGCCAGGAUGAUGCAGAUUUGCGACUCGUAUAACCAAAAACACUCCCUCUUCAAUGCCAUGAACCGCUUCAUCGGGGCCGUCAACAACAUGGACCAGACGGUGAUGGUACCCAGCCUUCUUCGGGACGUGCCUCUCAUGCUAGAUGAGCUGGACUCGGGGGGCGGCUGCGGGGAAAGAGAGGCCCAGUUGACCCCCAAUGGCGGCGCCUAUUGCUCUUGCAGAGACAUGUACAGCCACUAUGUGCUGCUCAAGUCUAUUCGCAACGACAUCGAGUGGGGGGUGCUACAGCAGGCGAACGAGGAGGCAGCUAGCAGGAAGAAGGACAAGCUGAAUGGGGGGCCUGGCGCUGUGGACAUUAGCCGAGGGAUCCCCGAAGACCGGGAGGUGGAGGAAGAUCUGGAGAAGCAGUUUCAUUAUCACUUGAGCGGACUGCACACUGUGCUUUCCAAACUUACUCGCAAGGCCAACUUGCUCACCAACCGAUACAAACAGGAGAUUGGAGUCAACAACUGGGGGCACUGAACCAGGGAGGGGGAGAACACGGCCUGCCUGCCUGCUGGAGUGAGAGGGUCAGAGAUUGGGGAAGUAAGAGUUUGUAAGGGGCUAGGGAAAAAUGCCAGCAAAAGUGACCUGUGUGUUUUGAGCUAGAGAGAAGCAAAUGCUACUGUAUGGUUUUGUAAAUGAAAUCGGACAAAGAAGCAUAGCAGGGCCAAUGGUGAGCAUAGGAGCAAGUGUAAAAUUAUAUGUGUUUAGGAGAGAAUAAGAGAGGAAGGGAGUGACUGUUUUGUUAGGCAUAUCCUAGUGGGAUUUUACUGUUGGCAACUGUAAAGAUUCAUGGAGGGAGGGGUGAUGAGUCUCUGCCUGGAGUAGCAGGCAUAACCAGGUAGUCAAGUAUAUUUCCAAAUUCUGAGAACUCAGAAUGAUGUACAGUGGCCCAGGCCAGUUACUGAAAGAGUGUGUUUGUAAUCAAUGGAAAACUGUGCACGUGUGCACGUGGUGGUGGAAAUACUAGUGGCGAUUGCAUCACUUCUUUCCUGUUUUGCACUACUUUUGUAACGUUAAUAUAUAUGUAUAUAAAGUCUUAAGAGUUCUCUUCUUUGCAUGCUGUUAGAUCUGCAGUCCUAUUUUUUACCAAUGCGCAAGGAUGUACAUUAAUCACUAAUAGUUAAAAAAAAAUUUUUUUACAAGCAAGGUGAACAGUUAUUUUUCUCAUUUAAGUAAAGAUACUUACCUUUCCAUAUUAUGUAGAACUGGUUUACAUGAGGCUGCAAUUAUGCCACUUAAGAACUAUUUAUAUUUUGUUGCAGAGGAUAGAACCAGUUAACUAAUGUCCAGCCAUAUUUCAUUGGAAAGCUGAAAGGGUUCCAUUGUUGUACAUGAAAUUAUUCAGAUGUAGAGUAUAUUCUAAAAUAAAUAAGCAAAUAUAUUGACUAAAA